GUUAAACUGUAGAGGGCGCUGUGUGGGCAUGUGUGACAACCAUAUGAAAAAUAAAGUUUCCGUAGCAACGGAAACUUGCCCGCUGUUUACCAGUGCCCAAAGACACAUGGUGAGAUGUUAAUCCACUCAGCCGUGACAGCAACCACUAAAAGCACCUGAGGAGAAAAAUGGGCCUGUUGUCCAUUCUUCGAAGACUGAAGCAGUCUCCUGAGCAGGAAGUGAGGUUACUGCUGUUAGGAUUGGAUAAUGCUGGAAAGACCACUCUGCUAAAGCAGCUAGCAGCAGAAGAUAUCAGCCACAUCACCCCUACACAAGGCUUUAAUAUAAAGAGCAUGCAGUCUUCUGGCUUCAAGUUAAAUGUUUGGGACAUUGGAGGGCAGCGCAAGAUCCGUCCUUACUGGAGGAAUUAUUUUGAGAACACAGAUGUGCUAAUCUAUGUGAUUGACAGCUCAGACAGAAAAAGAUUUGAAGAGACAAGUUUGGAGCUUGCUGAGUUACUGGAAGAGGAAAAACUUGCUGCUGUGCCACUGCUAAUCUUUGCCAACAAGCAGGACCUGAUGACAGCUAGUCCUGCUUCAGAGCUGGCAGAGAGUCUCAACCUGCACACCAUCCGGGAUCGCAUGUGGCAGGUGCAGGCCUGCUCAGCGCUCACUGCUGAGGGAGUGCAGGAUGGAAUGACCUGGGUUUGCAGAAAUAUAAAAUUUCAGAAGAAAUAAGACAGGAGCCAAAGAAAACUUGCGGCUGCAUUUUAAACUCGAUUCAUUGAGAUAUUUUUGAUUGUGGACGAAAUAUGUCUUGAUUUUUCUUCUUUAACACUAUGGAUUCGUCAUUUAAUCUGCAUUUGGCAGUAAAAAUCAUUUCAUAGAUAUUUAUUGUUAAUAUACUCAUUCUGUACAUGCUAACUUCUUAGCAUAAUUGAUGUGUAUUAUUUCUAUAUGCUAUUUUGUUCAAAUUGUUGUUUCUACAUGCAAUUUUUGUAAAAUUUCUUUAAUCCAAGGUAGUAACUUUCUGAAUAAACAUUCAGAAGAGUGGUGGGGUCAUGACUGGUAGGUGUUGUGGACUUGCAAGUCUAGCUUGUGAACACUAGAAGGCGACCUU